CGGUAUAUAAAGCAGGUCGACAGAGUUACCGGCGCUGUGAGAGCCACACACCACACACACGCACGUACAGUAUACCCUCUCCACAUCUCUGCCACGCACCGCUCCGACACCGAUAGACGCAUCCAAAGUCUCCCAGGAUGAGCUAUACACUGGAAACUAUAGGGAGCCCGUAUCGGAGAGUAAUGGAUUCACGGACCUACAGCCGCAGCAGCGGGUCCCCGUCUAGCGGAUUCCGAUCCCAGUCUUGGUCGAGGUCUAGCCAAAGCUCAGCUCUGUCAACCCCCUAUAAGAGGACGGUAAAUUUGCCAGUGUCCCGAGCGUACAGCGCUACCGUGCUUAGCUCCUGCGACAGUGGUGAUUUCAGCCAGUCCUCUGUUUUCAAUGGGGACUACAAGCGCUCAAACGAGAAGGAACAACUUCAGGGACUUAACGACCGCUUCGCCGGUUACAUCGACAAGGUGCAUUACCUAGAGCAGCAGAACAAGCAGCUGGAGACGGAAAUCCAAUCGCUGCGACAGAAGCAGGUGUCGCAAUCCCAGCUGGGCGAUAUUUACGACCAGGAGUUGCAGGAGCUGCGUUCCAUGCUGCAGCAGAUCCACCACGACAAGGCGCAGAUCCAACUCGACACCGACCACAUCGAGGAUGACAUUCAGCGGCUGAAGGACCGCUUCGAGGAAGAGGCACGCAUCAGGGAGGAGACGGAAGCCAUCAUCCGUGCCCUGAAGAAAGACAUGGGCGACUCCGAUCUGGCGAAGGACGAAUUGGACAAAAAAGUACAGUCUCUCCAGGACGAGAUAGGCUUUAUCCGCAACAACCACGAAGAAGAGGUGAGCGACUUGCUAGCUCAGGUGCAAGCGUCGCAGAUAACCGUUGAGAGGAGGGAUUUCCAAAAGACCGACAUCACCGAGGCACUCCGAGAGAUCCGCACGCAACUCGAGGGUCACUCGUCCCAGAACCUGCAGCAAGUGGAGGACUGGUUCAUGUGCCGCUUCGCCAAGCUGACGGAAGCCGCGGAGCAAAAUAAGGACGCGAUCAAGUCCGCCCGUGAUGAGAUCUCCGAGUACCGCCGCCAGCUUCAGACCAAAACCAUCGAGCUGGAGUCUGUCCGGGGUACUAAGGAUUCUCUGGAGAGGCAACUAAACGAAAUCGAGGACCGACACAACAACGACCUAGCCAGCUAUCAGGAGACCAUUCACCAACUGGAUAAUGAGCUGAAGAGCACCAAGUGGGAAAUGGCGCGUCAUCUGCGAGAAUACCAGGACCUGCUCAACGUUAAGAUGGCCCUGGACAUCGAAAUCGCAGCAUACAGGAAGCUUCUGGAAGGAGAGGAGACCCACUUCAGCUCGUAUUCUGGCCCCGCCUACACUUACCGCCAGCCCACCAAAGUGAAGUCAGAGACCACCAAGCUCAAGGUCCAGCACAAGUUUGUGGAGGAGAUCAUCGAGGAGACCAAAGUGGAGGACGACAAGGCCGAGAUGGAGGAAGCCCUGGCAGAAAUGGCCGAAGAGCUGUCCGCUGUGCUGAGCAAGGGAGAGGAGGAUGAAGAAGGAGAAGAAGGAGGAGAAGAGGGAGAGGGAGAGCAAGCAGAGGAAGGGGAGGGUGAAGAGGAGGAAGGCGAGGGAGGAGAGGAAGAAAAAGAAGAUGAGGGAGAGGCAGAAGGGGAAGAAGAAGCAGAAAAGGAUGAGGAGGAGGUGGUGGCCUCCGCCCAGGCAAAAGUGAGCGCCAGCCCUCCUGGAGAGAAGGAAGAGGGUGGAGACCAAGAAGAAGAAGAGGCGGGGGAAGAGGGAGAAGAAAAGGAGGGAGAAGGUGAAGCCGGAGAGGGGGAGGAGAAAGAAGAGGAGACGGAGGGAAAGGACGAGGGGGGAGAUGACGAGGGCCAAGAGGAGGAGAAGGGUGAAGCCGCAGUGGAGGAGUCCAUCCCGAGCCCUGACGCCGCCAAACCUAAGGCCUCUCCGGAGAAAGAGGCCAAGCCGGAGAAAGAGACCGGCAGCGAAGAGGAGGGAGGAAAGGAGGAUAAGGUCGCUGACAAAGGAGGAGCGGAAGAAGUGAGCGACAAGGCACCGAAAGAGGAAAAGAAGGAGGCAGAGGAAAGCAGCAAGGCUGUGAAAGAGAAGCCCAAAGAAGAGAAAGAGCCAGAGAAACCAAAAGAGCCAGAGAAAAAGAAAGAGGUAGAGCAACCAAAAGAGGUAGAGAAAGAGCCUGAGAAACCCAAAGAGGCAGAUAAAGAGCCUGAGAAACCCAAAGAAGUAGAGAAGGAGAAACAGAAAGAACCAGAGAAGAAGAAAGAGCCUGAAAAGGAGAAGGAGCCAGAGAAAGAGAAAGUAGAGAAGAAGGAGGAGAAAGAAGUCGCUCCCGCCAAAGAGGCCCCAACCAAGGAAGAGGCACCCAAACCUGCCACUGAUAAAGAGGAGAAGAAGAGCGCCCUGGAGCCAGCAGCUGAGAAGAAGGGAGAUAAGAAAGAGAAGGAAGGAGAUGCAGAGAAGGGAGGGUCAGACGAGGAGGACAAGAAGGGCGGCGAGAAGCAGCAGGUGAUCGCCAACGGUGUGGACGAGAGCCCUACCAAGGACGAGGAAACCAAGGACGAGGAAACCAAGGACGAACCGGCCCAGAAGGUGGUCAUCACCAAAACCGUGGAGACCAUCACCACGGGAGAGGACGGGGCCCAACAUGUCACCAAGUCGGUCACCGUGACCCAGACGGUGGAGGAGGUGGGGGCCACAGUCCAGGAGAAAAUGGUGGCCACCAAGAAGGUGGAGAAGCACUCCUCUCAAACGGUCAAGCAAAUCACGGAAACGGAGUGAACGGGCGGAGCGUGUUCGAACGGAGAGACAGAGGGAGAGGGAGAGGGGGAGGGGAGGACCAGACAAAUAAUCAAAUCGAGAAAUAGCAUAACAAAGUUCACAAAAUAAAUUCAUUGAAAUUAGAAAGAUUUAUUCAAGAUAUUCACUCAAAAAAAGAAGCAUAAAGGAAGCCAUAAAGACGCGACAAGCUAAAAUUCAAAAAUGCAUGCCGAGUGACAGCUUUAAAUGGGCUUUACUGCAGAUGCGGGAGGGAGACACGGGAGUCAGAAUAUUUCGUUUUCUUCUUUUUCAUUUGUUUUGUUUUGUGCAACACAUAGGAAGGGAGUUCAGGUCAGGGGCGUCUGCAUGCGAAGCUCAAAGAAAUGUACCCUCCAUAGAGUUUGGGAGAAAAUAAACUGUCUUACGUAGGUACUAAUCGUAGAGCAUGCGGAGAGAAUAUUCUGAAACAGUGGGAGAAUGAGAGAUGUGAGACUGCAAUGAGAUACUAUUUGAUAUGGGGGGGAGGGGGGGUUAGGGUAAGGGUGACGUGGCCUUGGGUGGGAGAGUCGAAAAACAUGUUUGUAGAGAAAUAUGUUUAAAAGAAGCGGCCUUAUGAAAAGAAACCAACUGAGCCAUAUAUAUAUAUAUAUAUAUAUAUAUAUAUAUAUAUAUAUAUAUAUAUAUAUACAAUAAAUUCACUAGAAGGGUGAGGUAAAGUGAAGGUAAGAUGAGUACACAAAUCUGAAGCAAAUAACCAUGGAAACCGGAAAAAACUCCUAGCCUUAAAAUGCUGUCUGUCUGUCGAUGUUUAUUAUGUUCAUCAUAUGAGUGCAAUUAAAAGAUUAACAUGAAAACACGCAAAAAACAUGUUCAUGUAUGCAUAGAAUGAACCGAUCCAACAUAAAUGAGGUGCUACAGUUUGCAACCCUUGUCUUUACUCGCCAUGAACAUUUCUCAGCAGCACCUGCUCAAUAAAAUGUCAUACUAGAA